CGGCCGGCUGGGUCUCCGCGCCGAGACGCGCCUGGCGCAGCCCUCUCGUCUCUGAACCCGAGUGCGAGUCGUGCGGAGGCGACAGCCAUGAAGGAGAGACGGGCCCCGCAGCCAGUCGUGGCCAGAUGUAAGCUCGUCCUGGUGGGGGAUGUGCAGUGCGGGAAGACGGCGAUGUUACAGGUGUUAGCGAAGGACUGCUACCCCGAGACAUAUGUGCCCACCGUGUUUGAGAAUUACACUGCCUGCUUGGAGACAGAGGAACAAAGGGUGGAGCUCAGUCUCUGGGACACCUCCGGAUCUCCCUACUAUGACAAUGUCCGUCCACUCUGCUACAGCGACUCAGAUGCAGUAUUGCUAUGCUUUGAUAUCAGCCGACCGGAGACCGUGGAUAGUGCACUCAAGAAGUGGAGGACAGAAAUCCUAGAUUAUUGUCCUAGCACACGUGUUUUGCUUAUUGGCUGUAAGACAGACCUGCGGACAGACCUGAGCACGCUAAUGGAGCUGUCCCACCAGAAACAGGCACCUAUCUCCUAUGAGCAGGGUUGUGCCAUAGCCAAGCAGCUGGGUGCAGAAAUCUACCUGGAAGGCUCGGCUUUCACCUCAGAAAAGAGUAUCCACAGCAUCUUCCGGACGGCAUCAAUGGUGUGUCUGAACAAACCCAGCCCAGUGCCCCCAAAGAGCCCUGUCCGAAGCCUCUCCAAGCGAUUGCUUCACCUCCCCAGUCGCUCCGAACUCAUCUCUUCUACCUUCAAGAAGGAAAAGGCCAAAAGCUGUUCCAUUAUGUGAAGUGGGGGUUAGAGAAGGGAGGCAACCUCCCACUUCCUCCCUUGGGUUGCAGAGGCACAGGGAGAGGGAGGAUGGGACAAUUUAGGACACUGGACAUGUGUUUUUCAGAUGGCCAUGGUGAGGGCUUGGAAGGAGACAGGAAUGGGACGAGGAAAGAGCCAGGCCCGGCUUGAGGACCUGACACUGAGAAAGAACCAUCACACCCCAAGCCAGGCACUAGGUUGUGGUGGGGGCGGCUGCCCCAGUGUCUCCCCCCCCGCCCCCGCUCCAGAGGAAGGAAAGGUGUGGGGGCGUGGGGGGCAUGCUGGCCUCAUGGGCUUGGGGGCCUACGGGAGCCUCACCUUCAGCAUCAUGCCUCUUCCACACAGCGCUUCCAUGUGGGCCAGGGGAUGGGAGGGGUCCCCGAGCCCUUCCCUUCCCCUCUGAGGAAGCCGCAGAGCAGUGGAGUGGGGAAGCCAAGAGGCAGCUCCCUUGGGAGCAGAGCCCAGGUGCUUCAUAACUGAAAUCAGAAGGGCAGGAGCUGGUCAGAGCCCAUGAGAAGGAAACCUCAUCUUCGCAUAGCCCAUGCCUCAUGGAGAGGUGACAUCAUACAUCCAUAUGCUUCUCACCUAAGUCCCCAGGGUCCGAGGGAGAAGCCUCCAGACCCCCUUCUCUUGCAGUGUGGGGGUGGUGGU